AUGUCUAAUAAAGUUGACCAGAAAGCUUAUUUACAAAAAUACUUAAGCGGGUCGUCGGGAGACAAGAAGAAAAAAAAGAAAAAGGCUCCUAAGGGGAAAGGGUUUAAAAUUAUUGAUGAUGACAUUGACUUGUCAAAACUCCGGGCCCUUGAUGGUGACGAGUUAGAUAUAUUUGAUGAGGGUGAAGACGCUCCACAAGUAGCCGGUAUCAUUGAUGAAAGGCCCGAAGAGCUAAAGCAACUGGAGGCUUUAAAAACUAGCUCUAAGUGGAAAGUUGUUAGUCAGGAUGAUGGCUUCAAUAGUAAACUUCAAGUAGAAGAAAUUAAAAGAGACAUAAAAGAAACAGACAAAGAGAAUGAAUUAAUUUUUGGGAAAAUGUACAGUGACUCUGAAGAUGAGAAAAACAAUGAUUCAGACAUCUCUCCCCCUAGAAAGCAGACAAGUGAACACCAGAAAAGCUCAAAACCUUCAAGAAAGCAUGACAGUGACAGUGAUUUUAGUCCGCCCAGGAAACAAAAUGGAAACCAUCGUAAUAACAAUAACUCGGAUGUCUCUCCUCCACGACCUAAUAAAUCAAAUGAGAGAGUCAGAAAACCGAGUCGAUGGGGAAGCAAAGAGGAAGGGACCCAGCAAUCAAAAGAUUCACACAGAAGACAGUCGCAGAGUUCAGAUGUGUCACCUCCAAGAAAAUCAAAAAAAUAUGAUUCUGACCAGUCCCCACCAAGAUCAAAAAAAAAUAUGCACAGGAGAGGAUCACAGAGUUCAGAUGACUCACCUCCAAGGAAACCAAAAAAAUAUGAGUCUGACUUGUCGCCACAAAGAAAACAUAAGAAGAAACAUGAUUCUGACCAGCUUCCACCAAGAAAGUCCAGGCAAGACUAUGCACCUAAAUCACCUAUAAGAAAAUCUACAAAACACAGCACACAGGAAUCUUAUUCUCCUUCCAAAAGACGAAAGUAUUCUCCACAUGAACAAAAUUACAGUCGUAAAACCCAUAUUGAUAAUAAUUUUAGACAAGAACAUUCAAAGAAGCACAGAAAUUCCUAUGAUUCAGAUCCAUCACCACCUCGAAAAACGAGAAAUUCGCCAGAAAGAAACAAAAGAAAAUAUAAUAGUGACUCUGACCAAUCUCCUCCUAGAAGACUCAAGAAUAUUUCUGAGAGGGAUAGGAGUAUGAGAAAUAAUAACAGUCCCCCACCAACAAACAAGAAAAUGGCAAGAACACUUGAGGGCAAGAUGGCAGGCUUGCAAGAUGCAAAACAACUCAGACAGGAAAAUGAUGACUUCAGAAGGAGAGAAGACGAAGUGUUCAACAAGAUGUCUGAUGAGGUAUCAGGAAGGACUGCUAAGGCUGUGUCUAGAAAAGGCAAAAGAGAAACUUCGGAAGAAAGGCGGAAGCAGAAAGAGAAAUCUGAAAGACAGAAAGAGAUAGAUGAGAAAUACAAAAAAUGGAGCAGAGGUUUAAAACAAUUACAAGACCAAGAGGCUCGUGUCGAAGAGUUCAUGCAUGAAGCAUCCAAGCCUCUAGCUAGGCAUAAAGGUGACAAAGACCUGGAGAGCAACCUUAAACAAAUAGAAAGAGAAGGGGAUCCUAUGUUGAAGUAUAUCAGAGAAAAGAAACAGGAGAGGGGCGAGCUUGGACCAGAAAAACCUUCCUAUAAAGGGAGUUACCCACCAAAUCGCUUCAACAUUCGCCCUGGCUACCGAUGGGAUGGUGUUGAUCGCUCAAAUGGGUACGAAAAGAAAUUCUUUGAACAGCAAAGUAAGAGAAAAGCACAAGAAGAAGAAGCAUACAAGUGGAGUAUAGAAGAUUUGUAA